AUGCCGCAGUCAGAUCCGAUUCAGCCCCAACGAGGGGAGAGGCAGCCUUUGCUGUCAGACACCAAUGACGGGACAGAAGCGCCAGAUCCGUCGUAUGGACCAUCUGAGCCUCAAUCGAGAGCACCGGUUAUAGAUGAUCAUCUGGCUUGGUUGGCCGGCAUUCCGUGGUACAGACGACCAGCUGCAGCUUGGUUGCUGCCCGUCGUGCUCAUCCUCGCCACUGCUGGUGGACUGUGCAUGGCACCGAAGCAAGAGAUUUUGACGCAAUUGGUGUGCCACGAGCUCGGUCUGGAUGGCAGAGGUGACAUGAGUCCCUCGCCUAAUGUCUUGCAGCAUCUCUCGCUCGUGGAACUUGUCAGUACCGCACCCCUCAACAGCCCUGCUCACUGCAGAACAAUUCCAGCAGUGCAGUCGGGCCUCUCUGCGUUGCAGCUAAGGAUGGAUCUUGCGAUGGGCAUCGCAGCAGUCAUCACCACUGGCUUUUGGGGCUCGCUAUCAGAUCGAUUCGGCAGAACACUUGUCUUGCGCCUUGGCGUCCUUGGUUUCCUCGCCAGCGACCUCUGCUUCAUUUCGGUGGCACGAUUACCGUUGGAGCAAGUACCGCUGGGCAGCAACUUUUUGGUCGUCGGUGCAUUGGUGUUUGGAAUCUUUGGCGGAUUUGCGACGCUAGCUGCUGCUUGCCAGGCCUACAUUGCCGACACUACGCCAUCCGGCUCCAAGAGUCGCGCUCUGAGCGUGUUUGGUGGGCUGAUGUUCCUCGGCUUCGGCCUUGGCCCACUGCUGGGUGGCAAUAUCAGCACGCACUCCAAUAACCUCGUGCUGCCUUUCUACGUCGCUCUCUGCGCCCACGUCCUGUACGCUCUUCUCGCCUUUGCUGUGCUGCCAGAAAGUGUGAGCAAGGCGCGGAUGGAGCUUGCUCAGAAGGAGUUCCGCAGACUUGUCGAACAAGCUGAGGCAGACGAAGGCCGGGCAGGCGCCGAUGAUCGAUACGUCGCGAAUCAGACGACACGAGCGUGCGGUCCGCUGGGAGGUGCGCGCCGCCGCCUGAACCGCGUCGUUGCAACAGCAAUACCGAUCUUCUUGAUGCCAUUCCAGCCACUGGCACUCCUGGCGCCCAAGAUGCGCUUCGUCCUCGACGAGCCUCCGCGCACGGAAUGGACCCCACGCGAGUCUCGUCUUCAUCCGGAAGCUUCCGCGUCGCACAUUUCGGUCUCGAGGAUACGCCAAAGCAAAAGAGAUUGGAACCUCACCUUGCUUUCCGCGGGCUACUUCUUGGAGGCGAGCGUCAUCGGCAUUCUGAGCCCAAAGAUUUCGUACGCGCAGUAUCGAUUUGAUUGGGGACCUGCCCAGCUCGGCGCAUACAUCAGCUUUGGAGCCAUUUGCCGCGUCGUUGCUCUCAUCGCCAUCAUUCCUCUGUUAAUCAAGUUGGUGCAUCGCCCUAAGCGCUCCAUCGCCCUGCCCCACGAUCACAUCAAUGCGGUCCAAGUGCUAGACGCUGAAGGCCGCAUUGUGGAUGUGCAAGAUGAGAGGGACAGUGACCGCGCUGUUGGCGAUGAUGCAGCAGCCGAAGAUCGCUACGCCGACUUGCCGGCCAACUUUGCCGAGGCUACGGGGAUGGGCACCGCAGAACCUCAGCUCGGUGCUCACGGCGCGGGCGCAACUGGAUCUGGCGCAUCCCACUCAGUGGAAGACCUUUGGCUUUUGCGUGCCAAGCACAUUCGCCUGCUGCACGACUCGCGCUUCGAUCGUCGGCUCGCACUCUUCAGCAUCUGCUUGUAUCUUGCUGGGUACGUCGGAAUCGUCUUUACAGCUGGCCAAGGCCCGAUCCCAUUCCUCAUCAGCAACGCAGUCACCAGUCUUGGUGGCGCGGCUCCCGCUGCGAUGAGCUCUCUAGCGCUCGCACUGCUCGAGCGGGAGACGGAUUCCGGCAAGCUCUUCGCAGCGUGGGCAGUGCUGAGUGCGAUUGCCACCACCGUCGUUGGUCCGACUGUCUUCAUCAGCGUAUACGAGAGGACGACCAAUACGUAUCCGGAAGCCAUGUUCGUGUUGGCUAUGGGUGAGUGAAAGGAAGCUUGCUUGACUUCUAGCAGCGCUGUUCCGCUGUGGACUCACACAUGCCAAACAUCGCUCCUCGCACAAGGCGUCUUCACCGUCGCUUUUGUAUUUGUGGCUCUCGUGCGACUUCGAAGAUCGCACUCCUUGCCCUCGCUGCCUGCCAGGCCUCACACCCCAGCCUCUCGAGCAGCGGCUCUGGCCGCCAAGCGCAAGAGUGUCGAAAGUCUGAACGCGAACGCACAGGACGGCGCUCAGUAUGGCUCUACACGAAGCGCGAGCUCCAGCGAAGCAGGCAACACCUCUACCAGGAGCAAGUGGCGCAUGAGGCCUUUAAGUCCUUGGCAGGCCCGCAAUGACGAUGCCGAGAGAUAG